GCUGCUGCCAGACACCAGUGUUCCUAUCUAAUAAAUUUACAUGUGGAAGAGUUCCUGAAGACUGGAGGGAUACCAGAAUGGCUGAAUGGCUUAGAAUACAUUCCUCAAAGGCUGAAAAAUCUGAACGAAAUCAACAAGCUGCUUGCACACCGACCUUGGCUGGUUUCCAAAGAGCACAUUCAGAAACUUGUGAAGACAGGGGAAAAUAAUUGGUCUCUUCCUGAACUGGUGCAUGCUGUGGUCCUUUUGGCACAUUAUCACUCCCUGGCAAGUUUCGUUUUUGGCAGUGGCAUCAAUCCAGAGAGAGAUUUUGGGACCUCCAACGGCUACCGACUCAUAUCAGUUAACCACUUCUGCGUCUGUGAUCUCGCCAAUGACAACAACAUUGAAAACGCAACCCUCAAAAGUAACAGCUUUGGGCUCUCCGAUUCGUUAAGUGAGUUGGAGGCCUUGAUGGACAGAAUGAAGAGGCUGCAAGAGGAGGACGAUGCUUCCCCAGAAGAAAUGGAUACACGCUUUGAGAAAGAAAAAUCAGAGAGUCUACUAGUUGUUACUGAAGAGUUUGAUGACGAAUUAAUUUCCAUCGGCGAUGUUUCCUGCUACGUUGAAGACCCUGGGUUUGGUUACAAAGAUUUUGCAAGACGGGGGGAAGAUCAUCUUCCAACAUUUCGAGCCCAGGACUACACUUGGGAAAAUCAUGGCUUCUCCCUUGUGAACAGACUGUAUUCUGAUAUUGGCCAUCUCCUGGACGAGAAAUUUCGGAUGGUCUACAACCUUACCUACAAUACCAUGGCCAGCCAUGAAGAUGUUGACACCACCAUGUUAAGAAGAGCUUUAUUUAAUUACGUUCACUGUAUGUUUGGAAUCAG